AUGGCAAGACUAUAUGCUAUUUUAAGCAUUGCACUGUUAAUUGUGCCUGCUCUCGUUAAAUCCGAGUGUGCUGAAGAAGGAAACCAGUGUCAUCCAACUUUUUCUCCUUGCUGUGAAAAGUUUACAUGUGUUCUACCACUUCCAAGUGCAUUAGCUUCAGUAGGAACAAACUUAUAUAAUGGAAAAUGUGUACCUAAACCAGAACCACAACGUUCGGCAAAAUGUCUAGGAAAAAGCAUGGGCUGUACCGGUUUCCCUCCAUAUUGCUGUGAGGGAUUAUCCUGCAAGGUCAAAUGGGAUACUUCAAAUUGGAGAAAAUUUUUGCGACCAACAGCAAGAUGUGAAUAA